AUGUCUUGUCAAGUAUGGGCUCUUCUUUGCUGGCCGGUACUGCUGCUUCUGCCUACCAUCGCAGUAUCAAUAGAGCUGAGCAAUAUCCCCAUCAAAGACCACAAAUACGAGUACAAUGGAUAUGGAAACAAUAUCGAGAAUCCCACAUGGGGUGCGGUUGAUGGACCUCGUGUUCGAUAUUUACCCGAUGAAGAUGGCUUCUUCCAACGACCAGGUGUGCCGCGGAGUGAAGACAAUGGUGGUCUCCCAUCGGCCCGUCGAAUCAUGGAAGAACUCUUUCGAUUUCCAGCUCUCAAGGAAAAGAAAGCAUCUACUAGCACCAAUGACUUCAAACUGAUAUUUGGGAUGACCAUGUCUUCGGAUAGUCUAACCGCGGCCGGAACAAAUGAAAGCGAGCCAUUUGAUCUAACGGGAGACGGAAACUUUUCGGAUGGUGUGUUUUGCCCUGUCACUGGUCAGUUUGAAUCUGCUCGAGACUAUGACAAAUCGUUUCCUCGAUACAACCAUCAGCUCGUUGUUGGAAAGAAAGAUAACGAGCCAGUUCGUGCAACAACCAAUAGUGGUACAGCCUUUCUGGACCUUGGAUGCAUCUACGGAAAUUCCGUCGAAGAGAACGAAAAAAUUCGCAAUCAAGAUGACCCGAAACUAUUUGACUUGGUGAAUGGAACCAAUGGUCUCUUGCCCCGACAGCCAUAUCUCCGAUCUUGCUUUGGAGCAGUGCCAGCUUCCUAUGCGCUGCAAGUCGUCUGGAUGCGGUUACACAAUCAUGUUGCCGAGAUCAUCGCGAACGAAAAUGCUGGGCUCAACGAUGAGCAAGUUUUUCAAGCUGCUCGAAACUACGUCAUUGCAACAUAUCAGAAAAUUGCUCUUACAAAGUAUGUACCGGCUCUCCUCGGUGACUCCAUGGGUCGAUAUCCCGGGUAUAACUCAACCAUUGAUCCUUCUAUUGACGAGUACUUCGCUGGGGUCACUUACCGCUACGGCCACUCGGAACAACCAAAUGUCAUUCGAUUGGCUGAUGAAGACUUUUUGCCAACCUCGCAAGAUCCAAUCCUCAUGAGAGAUGCCUAUCAAAAGAAUCCGCAAAAGAUAGUCGAGAAUGCUGGAGGUAUUGAAAAGUUUAUAAGGGGAGCUAUCAUCACACCCACGAAACCUUUUGAUUAUGCGUUUGAGGACGAUCUAAACUUUUACAGCAAAGCAACCUCCAUGGUGGACGUACAGAGGUCUCGCGAUGUUGGCAUUCCGCCAUACAAUCAGGCCAGGGAAAAGUUUGGAUUAAAACGAUAUGCCACCAUACGAGAGCUGGUGGAAGCGAGUGGCUAUUACAACGAAGACCUCGUGAGCGUCAUGGAAAACCUAUACGGUAACGAUAUUGAAAAAGUCGAUUCAUAUGUUGGAACCCUCUUUGAGAAGCCGUCCAACGCAGAUGGUUUGUUUGGACCUUCGCUCACCGCAUCGACACGGGACCAAAUCAAUCGAAUCCGCACUGGAGACAGAUUCUGGUAUGAAAAAGAAUUCAACGCAACAGAGAUUGCUGCUCUACCUUCAAUGACGGACGUUAUCAAGCUUGUAUGUACCGGCAUGGAUAAAUUUCCAGAAACAUUCUUCCGGGUAUAUGGCUCUGGCAACGAAGAAGACGCGACAAAUGGCGAAGAUGAGAGUUGCAUCGGCAGACAGAGUCAAGUGGGGUUGCUAGGCGGAGAAGUAGUCGUGAAAUGGACUAUUGAUCAAUCUAAUGAGCUCGAAGAUGAAAUGAAAAGUAGUAUUGAACUUACACUUACUGCCAACGUAAAAAUGGAAGGAGCUGGUUAUUUGGGCAUCGGAUGGAGAUCUCGAAAGAUGGCAGGGGCAGAUAUUUGGAUUUGCACUGUAGACCCUGACGUGUUUGGUGAGGUGCCACGGUCGGCGAAUUGUGACGAGAGUCAGACCUCACCGCCUAUGUUUAGUUGCUGUCUAGCAAGUGGUGCCAAUGUCAGGCCAGAAUGUCGAAACGCAGAUGAUCCAAGCUUUUAUGAGCUAGACGUUGUCAAUUGGUGCUUAUCAGAAGAGGAGUCUUCGGUUACCAUCAAUGCACAGAUUUGUAACGAUGGUACUGUCACCGAUGACUGUUUUGACAUCUCCUCGAAUCCAGAUGGUACAAUGGACAUGAUUGUCUCUUUCAAUCCAAACGAUCAGAAUAAACCUCAUGGAUUCCUUAGGCGAACGUCAACUGUGGUAGAUUUGAAGGCAGGGAUACUUACAGCUGCCGAAGCCGGGGUUGCUUCCGCCGGUCUUAUUGCAUAUCAUGGGAUCACAAUGCUGGCCUUUUGGAUGCUCGGCGCUCCUGUUGGAAUCUAUGUUGUGCGCUACAUGAAAACAAAAUCAUGGCGUCUCGCAGUUCACAUUUCUAUUAUGGGCGCUGUUGGUGGUUUGACGAUUCCCAUCAUUGUUGGAAUAGAGAGUGCAGUUGGGGCAAGUUCUGACAAGACACAGGAACAUUCUUUCAUUGGCCUUAUUUUGACAUUUCUCAUACUUCCAAUGUUCCUAGCUGGACGAAUAAGAUAUUCGCAGCUCCAGGGAUUCAGCGUCAGUCGACGGGUUGCUCUUUGGGCAUAUGUUUUUCACAAGAUUUUUGGUUAUGCUAUCUUAAUCUUCGCUUGGUGGAAUUGCUAUACUGGACUGGUGCGAAUUUCACCAGCGGACUCGUUUUUUCAGCUCGUUGUUCUUAGCAGUUACUCGUUCGGGUACGACGUGCCGAUAUUCGGCGUUUUCAAGAACAAUAUUUUCUGGCCGUAUCUAUCAAUUGUUGUGUUAAUCUUUGCAAUGUCCGAGAUACGAAAGAGGGUCCUCAAUCACAGGGUUCAUGCGAGUCAGCUAUUAGUGGCAACCAAAACAAUAUGGGAUGAUGGAAAUGUUUUUGCCGGCACAUCUGAAGUGAUACAAGAGAUGGAGAGAGGGAAGUUCCUAGAGCUGGUGCGACUCGGAACUCCUCUCUGCAUCAUCGAUGGUCGGGUUUUGGAUCUCACUGGUUUUCUCGAGCACCACCCUGGAGGUAGUGAUAUGCUUGAAGGAGUCGCUGGAACAGACAUAUCCGCGUAA